AUGUCGACGAUGGAGGCGGCGGCAGACGGUGCCUCCGUCGCCCCAGUCACCGGCAGCGGCGCCUCUGCCCUAGCCAACGGCGCCGCCGCCUCCGCCCAGGCCACCGGCAGCACCGCCAUCGACGUCGUCUCUGUCGCCCCGGUCACCGGCGGCGGCGCCUCCGCCCAGGCCACCGGCAGCGCCGCCAUCGACGUCGUCGCUGUCGCCCCGGUCACCGGCGGCGGCGCCUCCGCCCAGGCCACCGGCAGCACCGCCAUCGACGUCGUCUCUGUCGCCCCGGUCACCGGCGGCGGCGCCUCCGCCCAGGCCACCGGCAGCGCCGCCAUCGACGUCGCCUCCGUCGCCCCGGCCACCGGCAGCACCGCCAUCGACGACGCCUCCGUCGCCCCGGUCACCGGCGGCGGCGCCUCCGCCAAGGCCACCGGCAGUGCCGCCUCCGCCCAGGCCACCGGCAGUGCCGCCUCCGCCCAGGCCACCGGCAGCGCCGCCAUCGACGUCGCCUCCGUCACCCCGGUCACCGGCGGCGGCGCCUCCGCCAAGGCCACCGGCAGUGCCGCCUCCGCCCAGGCCACCGGCAGCGCCGCCAUCGACGACGCCUCCGUCGCCCCGGUCACCGGCGGCGGCGCCUCCGCCAAGGCCACCGGCAGUGCCGCCUCCGCCCAGGCCACCGGCAGUGCCGCCUCCGCCCAGGCCACCGGCAGUGCCGCCUCCGCCCAGGCCACCGGCAGCGCCGCCAUCGACGUCGCCUCCGUCGCCCCGGUCAUCGGCGGCGGCGCCUCCGCCCAGGCCACCGGCAGUGGCGCCUCUGCCCUAGCCAACGGCGCCGCCGCCUCCGCCCAGGCCACCGGCAGCACCGCCAUCGACGUCGCCUCUGUCGCCCCGGUCACCGGCGGCGGCGCCUCCGCCCAGGCCACCGGAAGCGCUGUCGCCUCCGUCACGGUCCCCACAGAUGGUCUUGAAUCUAGGAGGACCAUUAGACCCCGCAUAUCUGAUGCCGAGGGUAGUUGCACAGUUGUGACCGUAACCCCAGCACAGGAUUGA